UAACAACAUACAGAUUUUUAAACUAAAAAUAUUUUUAUUAAUAACAUUUAUUGUUAAUGUGAGUAUAAUUUUUGUAAUUCUACAUUUUCAGAAACUCACAAACAUCCUAUUGAUGUAUGCUUAUCUUCAACACUCAGACGCAAAGGAUGUCAUAUCUAUUGUUGGUGUAUAAAAAAUAUUCCAACCACGCAACUGAUAAAGUUGCUACUAAAGUUAAGUUUAAACCAACAUAACGGACCCUACACCUAACACAGACAGCUUCCUUUCAUACGAAAAUUUGCGAAAUUGUGACGUAAGUCAUGAAGAAUUCCACGUAUUUAACAUACACGUCUAUUUAUAAAUCAAGAUGAUGUAGCAAAAUUGGAAGAAACCAUUAUUCAACGCACCCAGCAAUUUUUUCCACCAUCACAAUUUGAAAUAUUAUACCUGUUACGUGUCAACAACAAUUUAGAUAUGGUUUAUUAUCAUUCUAUGUUGCGUUUAAUGUACAAGUGGAUACUCGUGCGAAACGUGUGCUCGGUGUAUUGCCAGAUCCAAAUCUAUUUUCACAUCAGUCAAUCAUCUCCAUGAUUCCAACUUCUUACCUGUCCACACUAGUCUCGACCUCCACUUGCGUGUACGUCAUUAACUGUCAUUUCCCAAUUUCAUAAUCAUUCCGCUCAAAAAAUGCAGAAAAAACAGAAAACUGGCCUCAAGCAAAUGUUCGCCGGAACGGGGCCCCAAAUCCUCGCCUCGGUCGCUGCGACAAUAAGCGCAAUGAACGAUGGCAUGCACUACGGCUGGUCCGCACCCGUCAUACCCAUACUCCAAUCCGAAAACACACCCAUCCAGAUAUCAAAAAUCGAUGAAAGUUGGCUGGAAACCAUGUACCUCGUCGGUGGGAUCGCCGGCCUUCCCGUCACCAUCUACUUAGUAAACAAAAUCGGCCGCAAAAACUCCACAAUGGUGUCGUCGAUUACAAGUCUCGUAUCGUGGAUUUUAAUAGCAUUGGCAUCCAAAGUUACUCUACUGUACGUUGCCAGGUUUCUGUCUGGCCUAGCAGGUGACAUGGCUUUUGUGGCGACCCCCAUGUACGUUGCGGAGAUCGCCGACCAAAAAAUCCGGGGGCUUUUGUCAUGCCUCAUCUACCUGAUGAUGCUUUUUGGGAUUCUCCUCAUCUACGCAAUUGCCCCAUUUACCCCUUUUUAUGUCCCGUCGGUAGUCGGUGGGGCAUUAUUAGUGAUCCAGCUGGCUUCUUUCACCUUCAUGCCCAAAUCUCCAUACUACCUCAUCACAAAAAACAAGAUGGACAAGGCCCGGAAAGCCUUGAAUCGGCUGAGAACGACCAAAGAUAACGAAAUCGAAUUAGAGGAAAUCAGCAGAGCGAUCGAACGCCAAAGAAAGGAAAAAGGACGACCGCAAGACCUACUCCUCGUCAAUAGUAAUCGCAAAGCCUUGAUUGUGAUAACAAUGCUCAACGGAGCUCAACAUUUCACCGGAAUCAGCGUCAUGUUGAUGAAUAUGCACACGAUUUUGACCAAUGCUGGGUCAGUUUAUCUCACGUCAAACGCAACAGCGAUUAUAUUCUCAAGUUGUAUGCUCAUAGCGGCGACAAUAUCUUCGUUCGCCGUUGACAAAUACGGAAGAAAGUUCCUCUUAAUCUCCUCCAGUAUUCUAACUGGAAUUUGCCUCCUAGUUUUAGCAACUUAUUUUAACUUGAAAUACGUCGGUUACGACAUGCGUGCUGUAAGUUGGAUUCCUAUCGGCUGUGUUAUGGUGUAUGCUGCUACUUUUAAGAUGGGAUUAGGUAUGGUACCUAUUGUGAUAAGUGCUGAGAUUUUUUCAAAUAAGGUUAAAGCUAUGGGAAUGACUAUAGCUGAUGCUAUGUAUCUCAUUUUUGGGAUUGUUUCGAUUGAAUUAUACAAACACCUAAGUGAGUCAUACGGGUAUCAUGUACCGUUUUAUCUAUUCGCUUCUUUUUCUUUUAUUACCACAGUAUUUGUUGUUACUAUUGUACCUGAAACUAAGGGAAAAUCGUUGGAAGAAAUCCAGCUUUUGCUUAAGGGACAAAAAACUGUCAUUAGCCAUGACGACAAUGAUGUGACAACUAGUCUUACAAAAGUGUGAUGUUUACAACGUUAACUUGUAAAGAUAAAUAAUUAUUUUUGAUAAAAAUUGUUCCUUUUUAAUUUGAAUCUAGAGAUUUUAUCUCAGAUUUGUAUCAUAUCUGACUUAUAGUAUAGUAUAGCCAAUUAUUUUUUUGUGAUUUUGUAGGAAAAUAUACACUUGAUAUAAGUACACACAUUAUGCAGGUAGGAAAAUGGUUUUUGACUUAAUUUUAAUUGGCACUUUUUACAUGACAUAUUUUCUAGUUCCCUAAGGUAUUGACCUGAUUUAGAUUUAUAAUAAUGUAGUGAAUAAUAAUGUAUAUCAAUGUUGCUAGGUAACAUUUCUUUUAUGCUAAAUAUAUUUAUCGGACCGAUAACCUUAACAAACUGGGUUAUAAACAGUUUGCAAAAUAUGAAGAAAUUGUUUUAUCUUAUCUGAAAAAUAAUUCUCAUUCUAAAUAAAAAUUACUGUUACCACU